ACAUGGCUGCUUUGCCAGUGCUAAGGUCUGGAAGUACAUCAUUGGCUGACUUACUUCAGGAGCACCAGGAAAGCAGUCCUAGCUACUGUUAUUCUUUGGCUGAUCUAUAUACACAGUCAACAGCAAGUCUCACUGAUGUGAAAUUGGGAACCACACCAUUAUCACAACUAGUAAGUCAACCCCAAACUUCAAGUGGGAUGCCAGAGCUAACAGGAUCUUUGUCUUCUCUGGCCCUCUCUAAAGUUUUUCCACUAAAGGAGGUUGAGAAUUUAUCACUCUCAGAUUUAAUAGCAGAGACAAUUGAAAUAGAUAAAGCUCAACAAAGGACGGACUUCCCCAUGCUCAGUGUACCUGAAUUGAGGCCCUCUAAAAGAACCAGUAUUGAUUUAAGUGUCCUUGUAAAAAAUACAGGUGUAUCUGCAGAACAAAGUGUGGUAAGACAGUCAAAUAUCUUCAGCCCUGAAACUAAACUUUUAAGAGGAAAACAAGGAAAAUGUUCUGGUUUUGCCAAAACAAAUAAAAAAUCCAAAAGAGGCAUUAGUCCUAAGAGGCAGGAUUUAUCUCUGUCGUGGAUGAAGGCACUGCGUGCAAGACCUUCAGCUUUUGCUUUAACCUUGUGUCUCCAUUAUCCUCCAAAAGGUUAUAAGCGGCACACAACUGGUAUACAUAAAACUUUCCUAUACAGUAGACAAGUGCAAGACAUAAAACCCAAGGAAACUGGUCCUAUAAUAGCCAUAACGCCAUUUGACUUCAAAUCAGCAUCUCCCGAUGAUAUUGUGAAAGCUAACCAAAAAAAAGCUUUUACAAGAGAGUAA